CGGGCGGGGAUGCGAGUUUCAGAUCUUGGUUUUGGGGAAUUGAAAGAAUUUGAAACCCUAAAGUUAUACCUAAAAAGAGAGAGAGAAAGAGAGACGGUCUGAUUUGGGGGACAUUGACUGCCUCAGUUUGGUCCACUCCUAGACCUAUCUUGUUCUUGCUUAAUAUUCAUCUUUUCGAGUGGAGAGUGUUAAUUAUAGCCGGAGAGGUACUCUCCAUUACUGUGAGAAGCUCUUGUUUCCAAUUUCUGGCGGCAUGGUUUUUUGAAGCAUCUGUUGAGGUAGGCGGUGAGCGACACUGCGAUAGACAGAGUGACCCAACAAACAAAAUCCAUUCCCCUAUAUUGACUCGCUACUCGCUCACCAUUCCGUGCUCCAAACCCUAAAAUAUUGGUUCCAUUUCAAUAGAAACGCUCUUCCCCCAUACGUCACAUUGCUUCCCAGCUUUUCUUUUCAGAUUCUAUACUUCAGGAGUCUAGGUCUCUUUUUGAGUGCGAAAAAGAUUAUACAUUUUAUUGGUGGUCUGGUUUCAAGCUGAGAAUGUGAACUAUUGCGGUCAGGCAUUUUAGCAACAGUGGUAACAUCAGUUAACAAGUGCAAAGAGUAUAAUCUUCAUCUCAUCAAAUGGAGUUGAGGAGUUGUGACCAGAUGCACUUUAUUCAGGCUGUUCAAGGUGGUUUGGUGACAAAAUUUCUCAAUGUGACUCAUGGAAGGCCUGCACUCACCUUCAAGAAGGUUAAAGAUCUAUAUGAAGCUGCAGAGUUGCUUCAAAAACUUCGUCCAAAAGAUGAGUUUGAAAGUUUGCCGUUUGAGAGUGACAGGAUAGAGGUCAAAAGCCCAUGCCUACCUUUGGCAGACAGAAGAACAAUCAAAAGGGAGCCUGAUGCUUCCCACUUAUUUUGCAAUGAUAGUGACAAGAGAAUUGACAGUGAAUUGGAUGGUCUAGACCUUUGUAGCAUGACACUGAAGCAAAUUACAGAGAGAUGCAACUUAAAGAAAAGGAAGCAUUCAAAAUAUGUUGAACUGAGUAAUGAAACUGGUGAAUCUUCCUCUUUUCUAAAGUCAGAUAAUUCUAACUUUCAAAAAGAGGAAGAAGAUCUUGAUCUUAAGGAGCCUCUCAGUAGUUGGAAAUCUAAACAUUCAAAGAAUGUGAAGGUAAAGAAAAAGCGCAUGAAAAACCAUGUCUUGACUUCAUCUCAAAGUGCCAAGUCGAUUGUCAAAUCUGAACAGGUCCCAAGUGAUGAAGUUUUGCCACAAUGUAGCGGGGAUUUACCAGCUAUCAAUAUUAAAGAAACUACUGCAACUUCCUCCUGCCUAACAACAGAUUAUUCUAACUUUCAAAAAGUGGAAGAAGAUCUUGAUCUGAAGGAACCUCUCAGUAGUUGGAAAUCUAAACAUUCAAAGAAUGUGAAGGUAAAGAAAAAACGAAUGAAAAACCAUGUCUCAACUUCAUCUCCAAGUGCCAAGUUGAUUGUCAAAUCUGAACAGGUUCCAAGUGAUGAAGUUUUGCCAGGAUAUAGUACGGAGCCAGCUAUCAAUAUGAAAGAUGAGGUUUCUGAACCUGAUUGCUUGGAUCACCAAAAUGUCAUAUGUGUUAGUGGUGAUAGUUCCUUGCUUUGUCAUGAGCCAGAGGGUUCUUGUCAAAUGAUGUUUAAUGAGCCUUGUGAGAAAGCUAAUGCAUGUGUCUUGGAGACCCAAAUUAAAAUAUCAUUUACAAAAGAACCACAAUAUUGUGCUACUAAUGAAGUCUGUUAUGAGUAUACAGAACCUGAAGAUCCCAAGUCUGGUCAGAUUGUAAGUGCAUCAGCUUGGGAUUCUAUGGUGGUGGGUAAUAUGGUUACAACCAGCCAUGAGCACUCAGAUUUGCCUGUACCGGAAUCUGAGAUGAAAGGAUACACCCAACCGGUUGAUGGUGACUUCUGCCUAGAAACCAUAUCUUCAACAGCAGAUCAUAGUUCACAUGUUUCUGGUACCCCUCAAAGUAGUUCUCCUAUGAAAGACAUCUUAUUGCAUAUUAACAAUGAUAUUAAGGUUCCCGGUGGUGAAGUUUUGCCGCAAUCUAGUGGGGAUCUGUGGCCAGCUACCAAUAUGAAAGUUGAGGUCUCUGAAUCUGAUUCUCUAGGUUGCCAAAGAUUCAUAUGUAAUAGUAGUGAUCCUACCUGCCUUUGCGAUGAGCUGGAGGGUUCUUGUGGAAUGGUAUCUGGUAAACUUUGUGAGGCAGCUAAUGGAUCUGUUUCGGAGACCCAGGUGUCAAUUUCAUUGACAGAAGAACCGCAAUUUUGUGUUACGAAUGAAGUGGGUUAUGACUAUAUGGAACUUACAGAUCCCAAGUCUGUCAAGAUUGUAAGGGCCUCAUGUAAGGAUUCUAUAGUGGCUAAUACAGUAACAAAUCAUAAUUUUGCAGACUUGCCUGUUCUAGAAUCUGAUAUAGAAGUAUAUACCCAUCCGAUUCUGGAUGACAUCUCCUCGGGAACCAUUUAUUCAGUGACCGGCCAUAGUUCUUGCAUUUCUGGUGUCUCUCAAAGUAGUUCUCCCAUUACCAUUCAUAAGAUCCCUCAGGGUGUGGAACUAGGUCAUGGUGGUGAUACUUAUGUCUUUGAGGAUGGCAUUGCAGCUAAGUUGCCUUCUAACCCCAAAGUUGGUGCUAUUGAUAGCUGUACCAGUGAAUUUAGCUUGAGUCCUGAUAGCUGUCUGGAUUCUGUUGAGGAUGAUUCUUCUACAGCUAAAGUGAAGCAACCCCAAAGUAGUUCACCUAGGACCAUUCAUGAGAUCCCUCAAAGCAAGGAACUUGGUCAUGGAGGUGAUGCAUAUUUAUUUGGGGAUGGCAUUGCAUCUGAGUUACCUUCUAACCCCAAGGUCGAUGUUGUAUCCAGGUUGACCAGUGACUGUAGCUCAAGUCCUGAUUGCUUUAUGCAUUCUGUUGAGGAUGAUUCACCUACACCUGAAAUGAAACAACUCCAAAACUCUGCUUUUGCUGAUGCAGACAUAAAUGUCUCGGCAAGGAUCUAUCCUUUAACUGAUGAGCUUAUGACAUCAGUUGGAUUUGAAUACCAUCAUCGUUCAAACUUACAGCACCCUCCUGCAAGGCUAUAUCCAACCAGAAAAGCCAUUUCUCCAACUUCUCAGGAAAGACUCCUCAAGGCAAUGGAUUUCAACGAAUUAACCGACAAUGAAUAUUACAAAUGUACGGGAGAGUUCUACAUUGGGAAGAACAAUUUUAGUAGCGUUGAAGGACCCAAUCAGAUCAGGGAAGAUGAAUUCAGCAUUAAACCUCGACAAAUUAUUAGGAAGCAAAGGAGUAGUAAGAGAGGCUUCCCUCCCAAAGCUGUUCACAAGGCUCCUUAUCUUUCAUAUACUGUACCUCGUUUUAGCACCGGGUGCACCUCCAUCCAAAGUUGUACACAGAGUGCCAUAGAAUUCUCUCAGCAGCAGAUGAAAGACUUUGAAUGCCUUGCCAUGAAGCUUACAAAAGAGUUGCAGUCCAUGAAGGACAUUCUGGAAGAGAGGUUGCUCCCUGAGGACUGCCCAGCUCUGUCCUUGAAAUAUAAAGUGGAUAGGGCUAGAAUGGCCAUCAACAAUGCAACAAAAGUUGAAGAAAGCACACGAAGAUGGCUUUCCAUGAUGGCAAGGGACUGCAAACGCUUUUGUAAAAUCAUGGGAUUGACUGAGACAGGUUCUGGUUCUUCAGGAAAUCUAGUCCAAAAUGAAAGGAAGAAUUCUACCUCUGCUGAUGAAGCUAGUGGAGUUUUGGUCGAUCAAUUGCAGAGACUGGCCGGGACGGGUUCUGCUUCUUCUGGAAAUGUAGUCCACAAAGCGAGGAAGAAAAUUACUUUUGCCGAUGAAGCUGGUGGCAAGUUGUGCCAUGUCAGGGUUUUUGAUGAUGACACGGAAUCCGUGUUCGAAUCUAACGAUGAAAAGCAGGAACUGCUGAUUACUGAACAAUGAGAUUCUUGGUUGUUUUACAAUUUCAUUCUUCGCAUCUAAAUGGUAGAAUCAGAGGCAAAUUGCGUGUCAUGGAGGAUUGUGAUAUAUUUUUUGCCAUAUAUAAAAUUGAGGUAUGCCCUGGAUCAGCCCCAUAUCAACCCCUUGUUUUGGUUGGUCUCAUUAUUGUUCAUGUUUCCAUUGAUAUGUAUUGUGUUGUAUGAAAGGAAGGUACAGAAUCAGAAUGGCGUGGAGAGAGACGUUGAUGUUUUAUAAGAGAAGAUUUUACUCGGA